AUGGAAGAAAACAUUGAUGAAGAUGUUUUUCGUGUUCUUUAUCAAUUAGUUGAACAAAUCCAUGAAGAAAAUGAAUAUUUUCGUAUAUGUGAUGAUUGUUCAAUCAUUGACUCCUCUGUAAAACAUCAAAUUCGUCCUGAACAAGAAGCUGGAACAAAUCCUUGCUUUGGCUUAAGUUUAUGUGAUAAUUGCGCUAAAAAACGUCACGAUGAUGCACAAAAAGUUCUACAAGAUCUAGAACAUUUGGCACAUGAAGUUGAACAACGUUUACAAGCCAUUGAAAAUACUGAAAGAGAAUUAGAUCAAUGGCGAGAUGCACAGUUGCAAAAGAAUCGAGAUUUCUGGGAUGAAUAUCGUCGUCAAGUUGAAAAUUUUUCCGCAUGUCGUAUUCGUACACUUCAAUAUGAAUAUACAAUGAGACAAUUAAAAACGCAACGCAUAAUGAAACGUCUUAAAUGUGCUAAAUAUAUCGCUGAACAUAUUGAUCAAUUACGUGAACAAUUACAUGAAUUACUUCAACCAUCAUUAAUUGAUUUGCUGUCUUCGGAUACAUUUAAAGCUCAGUUUUCUUUAUUUCUAUCGACUAAUGAUGACAAUGAAAAUUCUACAACAAUUGAUCAUCGCCGAGAACUUUAUCAACAACUUGAACAAUUAUCUUGUUUAGAUAAAGUUAUUGUACCCGGAGAUGAUACUACUAUUGAUGAUGAGAUUAGAGAUGAAAUUGAUGAAUGA